AAUGGUUUUGAGAAGAUGGUCGUGAAAGAGGCGAAAGGCAAAGUGGCGGUGAAAAGGGGGAAAACAGUACGUCACAUCUAAUGAAAUGAAAUGUGAUCUAAUCUAAAUUUUGAAUAAAGCAUAGUCACACACAACAAAAGUCAGAGCCGCGCCAAUCGCGAUCUUUCCUUCCUUCUUCCCUUCACUAACCCACCGGCCGCCACACCACACCACGGAGUCAACCUUCUACAAUCAUAACCAUUUUCGUUACUACAAUAACUGUAAAAUCUUUCAUAACAAACACGUGUCUUCAUUCUUCAAUCAUCACUUCUAACUGCUCACACGCACGCCACCACUCCAUUCCACAAUGCUUCGUUACCUUUUGCUGUUCUUCUUAUUGGGCCUGGGAGCCCGGGUGGAGUCACACGAGGAAUCGGGCCCCUGGAGCUGCGACUCCGAGUCCGAGAUCCGAGUCGAGGCCAAUUUCAAACCCGGCGUUAUCACACUGGAUGGCCACGCCGACGAUUGGAAGGACAUUGAUGGGUCGUACUUCCCUCUCCUCCCCGCCCUCGACCCUGACGCUGAGAAUGAAUUCAAAGGUGGAAAGAUGAGCGUUAAGAGUGUGCAUGAUGGCCGCGAUAUCUUCUUUCUAUUGCAAGUCGACGGUGAUUAUGCGUACUCCAAAGGUGAAAGCAAGAAAUGUCCAUCUGUUGCUCUCAUGUUUCAGAUUGGAGAUGGUGCCUCUUAUCAUAAUAUGGGUGGCUGUGAGGAACAUUCAACCUCAUGCACUAACAAGACCUGCAAAGGUCAUGAAGUUGACAUUAUGCACUUUUCCAUAGGAAGUGCUAUUCCAGGACGGCUUUAUGGCGGCAAUCCCUUGGACAAUAGGGAUGGAAAUGGUGGCGACAGGUUUGGUCACUUGGUUGAUCUGUAUGCCUGGAAUCCACAUUGUAGAUACUUGGAUGGAACUGGUCCUCCGGGUUCUGCUAAUGAUUCCAGUGCGCAGAAUGACUGGAAGGGUGCCUGGUGGCAUAGUAGUUUCACGGUUCACUCAGGUUUCGUAGAGGAUGAGAGUCCAUAUGCAGAUAAUGGAAAAAAGGGCAGAUACUUUUUUGAAUUUUCCAGGCCUUUGAGGACCAUGGAUCAUCUUCAACAGGACGUGCAAUUUAACAUCGGUGGAUCCAGUAAGAUGUCUGUUGCAUUCUGGUAUCCAGUAGAUGGUCAGCCAUGGCAUGGUUCUGGACACUACUCUGUUAAUUGUGAUUGGGUUCCCAUUGACAUAUCUGUUGGCGGUUCUUUGAGUGGCAACUCGGUAGAUGCAGCAUCAAGUAGCUCGUGGAAUGUGGCUAGUGCCUUUUCCGUUAUACUAUCAGUAGCAGCACUUUGUGUGUCUGUGUUUGUGAGCUAUCGGGUGUUCAAUCCCAAGAGUGUUUCCUUUACACCGUUAGAGAACAACAACCUUUAAAUAUUGAACCAACAGCUUAAGUUUGAGAUUGUACUAUUCAUUACGUUUGUACUAGAUAGGUUUGUACUGUGUAGUGCUUUCUCUUUGCUCUAUUUUUUUAUUGUAACUGAAGCAUUACUUUAGUUAUUUUAAGCAGUGUCCAGAAAAGUAUUAAUUCAUUA